AUGACCGAUAAAAUCUUAGCUACAACCCUUAUUCUCUGGAGUAUAAUCAUUUCAGAAGUUACAGCCAGUCCAACUGCAUCGGAAUUGUUUAAUUUUAGUAUAAUGGAAUAUGUUCCAUACAUUACUAUCACGAUACUUCUCGCUAUUACCUUGAUGACAUUCCACUUUGCCGAAUGUGAAUACAAGGAAUAUGUCAUAGGAAUAUUUGGGGUCAUAUUUUUUAUGUAUUUUACGACAGUAUUUCCCUUUUUAUUUUUUUAUAUAAAAGAGGGGCUCACAUUAAGAACAACUUUAUUGCUGAGUUUCAUGUGUUUAGCGUUGUUAGUGACAUGUCUUACGUUGAUAAUUGUUUGUGAUAAGGAGAAAAAAGUUAUUGCAUUCAUAAUAAUUGCAGUAAUCAUUCUAUCCGCGUAUCUAUUUGGUGUAGAAGCAGGCUGGAUGGUUAAUGCUUUAAUGAGUAUAAAGGAUGGUCUAAAAACACCACUUGAAUUCACACUAUUUGGCAAAGUGCUAUGUUUGUGGCAUCAAGUGAGUUCGGCCUCACUUCUUUUAUUUUGGACUGUUAUAUGGGCCCUUUUGUGCUCCAUGUACUAUGCCCCUCAUUUCACCAAACGGAUAGAGGAAUGUCUCCGUGAUCGUUCAAACACUGAAGGGACAAUUUAA